UUCAGACAUGUCAGGUUAUUAGAGUGGUGGGCAAACAACCAGGGAAUAUGGUUCAUGCUUUUGUUUUCUUCUCUUUGUGUUUGUGGCAUCUGGUUGAUGUGACUGAUGAAAUGAAGACAAUAUCAGUGAUGGAGGGAGAUUCUGUCACUCUAAACACUGAUGUUACUGAAGUACAGAAAUAUAUGUUGAUACAGUGGAUGUUCGGAAGCACUCGAAUAGCUGAAAUCAACAGACUCACACAAAGCAACUCAAUGUAUGAAGAUGAGAGAUUCAAAGACAGACUAAAGCUGGAUCAGACCGGAUCUCUGACCAUCACAAACACCAGAACCACAGACUCUGGACUUUAUAGAGUAACAGUUAUCAGCAAAGAGACCAGCUACAUGAGUUUCAAUGUUAAAGUCUAUGCGCCUCUGCCGAUUCCUGUCAUCAGCAGUAACUCUUCUCAAUGUUCUUCAUCUUCAUCAUCAUCAAAUUGUUCAUUGGUGUGUUCAGCUGUGAAUGUGAGUCAUGUGACUCUCUCCUGGUACAAAGGAAACAGUUUAUUGUCCAGCAUCAGUGUGUCUGAUCUCAGCUUCAGUCUCUCUCUACCUCUGGAGGUGGAAUAUCAGGAUAAAAACACCUACAGCUGUGUGCUGAACAAUCCCAUCAGCAACCAGACCAAACAUCUGGACAUCACUCAACUCUGUCACACAUGUGCAGGCCCCGCCCACUGUUGUGGUUACACUGAAGCUGUGAUUCGAUUGGCUGGCUCUGCUCUGGUGGGCGUGGCUACUGUUGCUGUGCUGGUUUAUGACAUCAGAUCCAGAAGAGCUUAUCAGAAGAGGAGAGAGCAACCUGCGCCAGCACAUGCAGAUGAAUAUGAUGAUGUUGUAUUAGGACAAUGAUGUUGAGCUGUCCUUUAUGUUCCUCAGGAAUGUAAAUAAGGAAUAUACCAGGCAUCUCAAACUAUUGACAAUUUGCAUUAUGUCAAUCAUACAGUGAAUAAUAAAAUACACAAAAUGAAAACAUGAAAAUCAAUGAUAUAAUGGACACUUUUUGAAGUGUGUCAUAACUGAUCAUAUUGCUAUUUGGUGGCUGCUUUUGUUGCUUAUUGUGUUGCUUUUACUGUUGCACCAAUAAUUUUCUUUUACUUUUAAUGUAAGAUUUUAUAAUUUUCUAUACCAAGAAUUUUUUAUUUUUUUAUUGGUUCAUAAAGUUUUUGUAUUUACAUUUUAAGUGUUGCCAAGUGAAAUUCUUGAUGUAUGAAAACAAUGUCUUAUUACCAAUUGUUCAUGUUUUUUCCUGUAUUUUCACGUUUACAUGAAUUAUUGUAACAUCCAGAAAAUUCAUUAAAGCUAAAAAUGUCUGCAGAAUGUUUCAUGAAUAUAUUAACCUGUUAUAAGGCUGUCUUGCUCAGUAUAUUGCAUACUCAUGUUGUUUAGUUUGGUAUGCUUUUUCUUUCUUUUUUAGAUAUGGGUCUGCAUUAAUACAGUUCCUCUACUUGCACAGACCAAAAGAACUCUUAUAGUUCUUUUUGCACCCCAAAAGAACUAGAAGAAAAUUAUUUUAAUGAUCCAUUUACAAUAUUAUUUUGUUAAAGUUCAGUUUCAAUCAUGCAGCCACUUCAUUUGGAUCAUACUUUUUUUAUAUGCACAGAUAAAUACUUCUUUAUGUAAUCU